AUGAGCGACGCCCUCUCCACCCUCGAGCUCCUAACCGCCAUGUAUCCAAUGGACGGCGAGCUCGAGCUCUCCGACUCGGCGUCCUCUGCUCUCGCCGGCUCCCCGUCUCCAAUUUAUCCUCUCGACCUUAUCGUCCGUGUCCCCAUAACCGACGAUGACGACGCGCCGCGCAUAGAACUCUCUAUCUCGAUCCCCCAAUCCGGCUCUGUCCGACUAGGAGUGCGCCAGCCCGACUUCUUAACCCGCGCAGCGUACCAGACUCUCGUCGACUCCCUCCCCAACCCCGAAGGAGAUGCGACGGAAGCGGUGAUGGCUGCGAUCGAGGCUAUUCGGAUGGCGGCGCCCGAUCUCAUCCAAGAAGAACCAGUGGAAGAGGAGGAGGAGAAAGUGGACGAUGGACCAUUGGAGAGGGUGUGGUUCUGGUUCCCGAGUCUCAGCACCCGUGAGAAGAGGAAGGAUCUCGUUACCUACGCCGAGGGAUACCGGUUGAAUGGGUUCGUGUUGGCUGGUAAGCCUGCGUUGCUCUGUGUUGAAGGGGGUGGGCGGGCUGUGGAUCGCUAUAUGGCCGAUAUUAAGAGUGUUAGUUGGGGAGAUAUUCCGAGUUUCCAGAAAAAGGUCACGGAACGCCUGCGUCUUCCACUCGCCGAGUCGGAUCGCAAGUUCAAGACUAUGACGGAUGUUACGUCGCUAGUGCCGCAUUACGGGACGUACAACCACCGCGGGGAUAUGAGCGAGGUCAGGCGCCUGUGCGACGAGUGGGGCGUGGGGCAGGACUUUAACGCCGUCGUCAUGAACUCGCGGGACGAGUGA